AACUCCAAGUGUUCCACAAUAAAGUCUCCGAAGCUAUGGCUUUAGUUGACCGGAUGGUUGCCAAAGGAUGUCAACCAGAUCUCUUUACUUAUGGUGCUGUAGUAAAUGGGUUAUGUAAGAGAGGUGCUAUUGACUUGGCUUUAGAUCUGCUCAAGAAGAUGGACAUAGAGGCAAACGUUGUGAUCUACUCUACAGUCAUUGAUGGUCUUUGCAAAUACAAACAUGUGGAUGAUGCACUCGACAUGUUCAAUGAAAUGGAGAACAAAGGGUUAAGAGGUAAUGUUGUUACUUACAACUCCCUCAUUAGCUGUCUUUGUUGUUACGGAAGAUGGAGCGAUGCUUCUCGACUACUCAAAGAGAUGAUUGAGACGAUAAUCAACCCCACUAGAGUUACGUUCAAUGCACUGAUAGAUGCGCUUGCAAAAGAGGGGAAACUUUUGGAGGCCGAAGAAUUGUACAAGGAGCUCAUCAGAAAGUCUAUAGGUCCUGAUGUUUUCACAUAUAAUUCACUGAUCAAUGGUUUUUGCAUGCACAACCGCAUAGACGAGGCCAAGGAGAUGUUCGAUCUGAUGAUUAGCAACGAUUGUUACCCAGAUGUAGUGACUUAUACUACUCUCAUUAAUGGAUUUUGUAAGUCCAAAAGAGUAAAAGAUAGCAUGGAGCUCUUUGGUGAGAUGUUGCAAAGAGGAUUGGUUGGGGACACCAUCACUUACAACACGCUUAUCCAAGGGUUUUUCCAGUCUGGGGACUGUGAGAAUGCUCAAGAAAUUUUCAAACGAAUGGUUUCUUGUGGCGUGCCUCCCAGUAUUUGGACCUACAACAUUUUGUUAGAUGGAUUUUGUGAUAACGGGAAGCUAGAGAAAGCGCUGGUCAUAUUCAAGGAUAUGCAAAAUAGUGAAAUGGAACUUGGGACUAUCACAUAUACUAUCGUCAUCGAGGGGAUGUGCAGGGACGGUAAAGUGGAAGACGCGUGGGAAUUAUUCUGUAGCCUCGACCUUAAAGGAGUGAAGCCUGAUGUUAAAACGUACACUAUAAUGAUCUCAGGAUUCUGUGUGAAACGCUUAAAGCAGAAAGCUGUUACCUUGUUUAGGAAGAUGAAGGAAGACGGGCCUCUCCCAAAUGACUGUACCUAUAAUGCGCUGAUCAGGGCACAUCUGAGGGAUGGUGACAAAGCAGCAUCAGCAGAGCUCAUCAAAGAAAUGAGGAGUUUCGGGUUUUCCGCAGAGGCUUCAACCUUUGGCUUGGUCACUAAUAUGUUACAUGAUGGAUUGGACAAAAGCUUCCUCGACAUGCUGUCUUGA